CCGGAUUGGAGGUGAAUGUUUUGAUUUCAAACACCCUUUUUUUGUGGAGUAAACAAAGACGUACUGACUGACCUAAAUAGGCUAACCAACUCUGUCGUCUAAAAUAUGUCUAAACUACAGUCGUUGCGUGUGUUUUUAAAUGAGCGUUUAACGGCUGCUGCUGUGGAGAUUUUCGGGGCAGUUGAGAAAACGGUAGUGGAGUACCAGGAGGAGAAUGAUCGGCUACGGAGACUGCUGCGGAGGACACCGGUCAUACCUCUAUGUAGAAUAGACUCCCUGCAGCUCUCUGUCUCUGAAGAGGAGGUUCCCCCUGAGCAGCAGCACUGUGAGCUGGAGUGGAGCCCCAGUCUGGGACAGGAGGACCCAGAGACCAAACAGAUUAAAGAGGAACAGGAGGAAGUCAGGACCAGUCAGGAGGAAGAGCAGCUUCAAGGGCUCUUUGAUACCAAAGACACCAUAUUCACUCCUUCCUGUGUGAAAAGUGAAUGUGAUCUGGAGAACCCAUGUCAAGAAGCCGUAGUAGCUGAACACCCAACUCUCAGUCCACUGAAAACGUCUAAACUACAGUUGUUGAGUGUGUUGUUAAAUGAAUGUUUAACGGCGUCUGCUGCUGUGGAGAUUUUUGGUGCGAUUGAGGAAACAGUAGCAGAGUACCAGGAGGAGAAUGAUCGGCUACGGAGACUGCUGCGGAUCACACCGGAGAUAAAACUAUGUAGAACAGACUCCCUGCAGCUCUCUGUCUCUGAAGAGGAGGUUCCCCCUGAGCAGCAGCACUGUGAGCAGGAGUGGAGCCCCAGUCUGGGACAGAAGGACCCAGAGACCAAACAGAUUAAAGAGGAACAGGAGGAAGUCAGGACCAGUCAGGAGGAAGAGCAGCUUCAAGAUCUGGAGCCUGAUAUCAUAGAGUUCAAUUUCACUCCUUCCUGUGUGACAAGUGAAUGUGAUCAGGAGGACCCACUUUGGUCCUUGACUCUUCCCCAAACCCAGACUGUGGAGAACAGAGAGAGUGACUCUAAACCAGUGGAUCUCAAAUCUUUUGUCCAUGUGACCCAUUUAAAUGGUCUUGACCUUCCAGAUAAUGACAGCAAUACCUCAAGCCACAGUACAGCCGUAAGCAGCGACACAGUGGGACUUGACAGCGGCCCACCAUUGGAGAAACACUGUUCCAAACUCAGCACCACGUCUAGAAGAACUCACCACUGCCGUGACUGUGGUGCAACGUUUCCUCUGAAAGCUGACCUGCAGAAACAUGUGACUCUCACCAAGAAGAGACUCAGUGAAUGUAGAUUCUGCAGAAAACGCUACAACUCCACCUGUAAACUGAAGGCCCAUGUCCGACGCUGUCACAGUGGGAAACACUGCACAUGCCCUGUUUGUGGAAAGACCUUCAAAUACAAAGGCUAUCUUUCCAAGCACUUAAGGAUUCACACAGGAGAGAAACCAUUCAACUGUGGUGACUGUGGGAAAAGCUUCACUCAGAAGGGGAACCUAACCGAACAUGUACUGACUCACACAGGAGAGAAACCUUUUAGCUGUGGUGACUGUGGGAAAAGCUUCAGUCUCAAGAAGACACUAACGGAUCAUAUACGAACUCACACAGGAGAGAAACCAUUCAACUGUGGUGACUGUGGGAAAAGCUUCAAUAAGAAGGGACACCUUUCCGUGCAUCAACUGACUCACACAGGAGAGAAACCUUUUAGCUGUGGUGACUGUGGGAAAAGCUUCAGUCAGAAGGGGAAUCUAAGCAUUCAUAAACUGACUCACAUAGGAGAGAAACCUUUUACCUGUGGAGACUGCGGGAAAAGCUUUGGGCUCAAGCGACACCUAACCAUGCAUAAACUGACUCACACAGGGGAGAAACCAUUUAGCUGUGAAGACUGUGGGAAAAGCUUUAAUCGCAAGGAGGUCUUAACCAUGCAUAUACGGACUCACACAGGAGAGAAACCAUUUAUCUGUGGUGACUGUGGGAGGAGCUUCAGGCAUAAAGGGUCCCUUAAGAUACAUAUAUUGUCUCACACAGGAGAGAAACCAUUUAGCUGUGGUGACUGUGGGAAAAGCUUCAAUCAAAGGGGUAACCUUAACAUGCAUAUACGGACUCACACCAGAGAUAAUUCAUUUUGCUGUGGAGAAUGUGGGAAAAGCUUCAAUCAGAGGGGGAACUUAACCACACAUAUACGGACUCACACCAGAGAUAAUUCCUUUCGAUGUGGUGACUGUGGGCAAAGCUUCAAUGAGAAGGGACACCUAACUGAACAUAUACGGACUCACACAGGGGAGAAACCAUACAGGUGUGGUGACUGUGGGAAAAGCUUCAUUCAGAAGGCGGACCUAAGGAGGCAUAUACUGACUCACACAGGAGAGAAACCACAUGGCUGCUCCGUCUGUGGUAAAGGAUUCACUCAGAAGUCUCAUCUGCUGAGGCAUGUGGAUAAAAUCCACAAAGGAAGAAAACAGGACAGAAACUGAAAGAGGAAAGAACAUUCGGACAAAGAGAUUAUCUGUCAGGUUAGUGAAUAGAAAGGCAGGAUGUGGACAAAUCUCUUAGGAAGCAACAGUGAUGUGGCCUCAUCAAAUAUGCAGAUGACAUGGCUCUGGUUGCUUGCCUGGAGGUCAAGUCCAUCUCCACAUACUCCCAGUCCAUUGACUGCCUCUUGACGUGGUUUGACAAUAUCUUAGGAGCUCAGUCUGGGUCUCAACUUACUAUUAAGACUCAGAAUAGUAGAAUACACCAGGUCCAAUUUAGACAUUUGGUUGUGCAUCAGCAGUUUGUUUGUCACUGACAGUCACUCAAUUAGCGAUUUUAGAUUGGAAGUUAGUCUAGCCAGCUAUCUAACCUUAGUAGUAAUCACUGCUGAAUACCGACCAGGCAGGGAAUGUGCCCAGGGGCCCAUAUUAACAUGGAAUAAGUCAUUACUGCAGGGGGGUGGCAGGUAGCCUUGGGCCAGUAACCGAAAGGUUGCUAGAUCGAAUCCCUGAGCUGACAAGGCAGUUAACCCACUGUUCCUAGGCCGUAAAUGCAAAUAAGAAUUUGUUCUUAACCGACUAACCUUAAAUAAAUGUUAAAUUAAAUGUUAAAUUAAAAAUUACAAAAUGUGUAGAAUAGCAGGAAAUUAUUUUUAAAACAUACAUUUCUCUUCACCAUCAGAGGGGUACUCAAAUGUUUCACCACGAGGUGGGGGGCACCCCAACCAAAUCUCUCAGGGCCCCAAAAGGCGGGAGCCGGCCUUGGAUUUACUUUUGUAAAACACAUUUAUUUGGUUUGAAUGAUGAUCAAACACUACAGAUUAAGAUUCCUUUACUGUCCAAUUGUACAAAUUCAACUCCUGCUUCCAUGUCCACCCCUCCUAAAGAGACGCAUUCAGAAAGUAUUCAGACCCCUUAACCUUUUACUUAUCAAUCUCCCCUACACACGAUACCCCAUAAUGACAAAGCAAAAAAAAUAUAUAUAUAUAUAUAUUUUUUUAACUUAAAUAUUAUAAUUAUUUUUGCAAAUUCAUUAAAAAUAAAAAAACAGAUACCGUAUUUACAUAAGUAUUCAGACCCUUUGCUAUGAGGAGACUCGAAAUUGAGCUCAGGUGCAUCCUGUUUCAAUUGAUCAUCCUUGAGAUGUUACUACAACUUUGAUUGGAGUCCAACUGUGGUAAAUUCAAUUGAUUGGACACGAUUUGGAAAGGCACACACCUGUCUAUUUAAGGUCCCACAGAUGACAGUGCAUGUCAGAGCAAAAACCAAGCCAUGAGGUCGAAGGAAUUGUCCGUAGAGCUCCGAGAAAGGAUUGUGUCAAGGCACAGAUCUGGGGAAGGGUACAAAAACAAGUAGCAGCAUUGAAGGUCCCCAAGAACACAGUGGCCUCCAUCAUUCUUAAAUGGAAUAAGUUUGGAACCACCAAGACUCUUCCUAGAGCUGGCCCCCUGGCCAGACUGAGAAAUCGGGGGAGAAGGACCUUGGUCAGGGAGGUGACCAAGAACCCGAUGGUCACUCUGACAGAGCUCCAGAGUUCCUCUGUGGAGAUGGGAGAACCUACUAGAAGGACAACCAUCUCUGCAGCACUCCACCAAUCAGGCCUUUAUGGUAAAGUGGCCAGACGGAAGCCACUCCUCAGUAAAAGGCACAUGACGGCCCGCUUGGAGUUUGCCAAAGGGCACCUAAAGGACUCUCAAACCAUGAGAAACAAGAUUCUCUGGUCUGAUGAAACAGAUAUUGAACUCUUUGGCAUGAAUGUCAAGCGUCACGUCUGGAGGAAACCUGGAACCAUCGCUACGGUGAAGCAUGGUGGUGGCAGCAUCAUGCUGUGGGGAUGUUUUUCAGAGGCAGCGACUGGGAUCAAGGAUCAACGGAAAGAUGAACGGAGAAAAAUACAGAGAGAUCCUUGAUGAAAACUUAAUCCAGAACGCUCACAAUCUCAGACUGAGAUCUUUAAACAGCUGCAUAUUUUCAAGAUAUUAAAGUGUCCACUACAAAAAGGAAAUCAAUUUGCAUAUAACAAAUGCAGCACAUGGCAUUCAUUUUUCACAUGUAAAAUCACACUUUUCAGUAGUGCUGAAAGCAGGCCAUUCCAUGAGGGCAGCAUUUUCUUUUUCAACUCGAAUCAAUGAGCCCAAUCAGUCCCCCAUGACAACAAAAUCAUAAACAGCAGAGUAAGGCUGGCUAAUAAGUCCUUAGUUGUGGGGGUUAUGCUCAGGUAAAACCAUUUGGAUAAUCUAUUCUUCCAUAUUUCCAAGUCCUGUUCUUGAAGAUCAAGGGGUAUAACAUCUAUAGGAAUGACUGGAAUUCUGACAGACUUUGGUUUUUAAUAUAAAGAUAUAAUUGAAUCAUAUUAUUAUACGUAGUAGAAAGUAAUGGGCUAGAGGAAGCCUAUAUAACCAACCCAUAAAGUAAAAUUUAACAUCCAUAUAUAUAUAUAUAUAUAUAUAUACAGUGCCUUGCGAAAGUAUUCGGCCCCCUUGAACUUUGCGACCUUUUGCCACAUUUCAGGCUUCAAACAUAAAUAUAUAAAACUGUAUUUUUUUGUGAAGAAUCAACAACAAGUGGGACACAAUCAUGAAGUGGAACGACAUUUAUUGGAUAUUUCAAACUUUUUUAACAAAUCAAAAACUGAAAAAUUGGGCGUGCAAAAUUAUUCAGCCACUUUACUUUCAGUGCAGCAAACUCUCUCCAGAAGUUCAGUGAGGAUCUCUGAAUGAUCCAAUGUUGACCUAAAUGACUAAUGAUGAUAAAUACAAUCCACCAGCUAUGUAAACUUUAACAUUGAUUGAUCUUGCAAUAAAUGUCAUUCAAUUAGUAACAUACAUGUUUUUGUAUUGUUCUAAUGCCUCUUAAGGGGGAAGUAAUCUAAAAAGUAACUAAAUGUAAUCAGAUUACAUUACUGAGUUUGGGGUAAUCCAAAAGUUACAUUACUGAUUACAAUUUUGGACAGGUAACUAGUAACUGUAACGGAUUACAUUUAGAAGGGAACCCACCCAACUCUGAGCUUACAGUAUAGAUAAUAUCCACAAAGAGAGAAAAACAGACCACAGAAAUAACACCUUCAGUCAGAAGAAUAAAAAGACAAUGUGAACAACACUCUUAGGAAAGGAGAGUAACUCCAGACCAUUCAUACUGUGGGUCUCAGAUAAAUACAUAUACUGUACCAUGGACUUAAUGUUGUAAAACAAUAUAUGUAAAUAAAGUUUGAUUUGAUUUGAAUGACGAGGUAAUGAUCAAACAGCACAGAGUAUUUGAGGAAAUUCACAGUUCUGCUGUUCAAAGUCUGUUGAUUUUUUUCCCUUCAUUAGAAACAGCUGGUCAUUUGAUUUAGGUCAGGCUGAUGUAAUUGAUACAUGAAAUGUAAAACAAUUCCAGAAAAGGUAUCCUUGCAUUUAUCCAAGAGUAUUUCCAAUAGUAUUUCUCAUAAAUUCUGACCUAAUGCUGCUCAUUCAUCAUGUUGAUUUAAUCUUGUAUGGAGUAAUGAUAAACUGUUGACUCCUGAGGAAGAAUAGAUUCUCCCAGAUCAUCCUAUACUUAUGAUAACCACUAUUUGUCUACAUGUAGUCGUCGUUUUCCUUUACUACUGGUCUGUAGGCUGCCUUGCACAGUAAACUCCCAUCCAGCUGUCGGCGCUGUUGUGUUUCUGGGUUCGUCACCAACUAGAACAAAGAACGUCCCAAGAUUCCUUGACUAAAACACGGAAGUAGGAUUGGAAACGAGUUUUUAUUUUUCCUUGUGUGCAGUAAAGAAAUACAUACUUACUAAACUAAAUAGGCUACCCAUCUCUAAUUUUAUUAAAAUGUCUAAACUACA